AUGCUUCGGGCCGUGCGUGAACGAGUCGGCGCCAUGGAGCUGCCCAACCAGCCAGCGUUUGACCAGCCACGCGCUUCGCCGAUUCGCGCCACCCCCUUCAAACACAGGAUCCCCCCCAAGGCCGCCGCCAUGACUGCAACCAGCUCCAAACCGCGCGCCACCGCCGGCGCGCCCAUGCUCCUCCCGCUGGCGCUGCUGCUGCUGCUCGCGCCGCUGCCCCAGCCGGCGGCCGCCAAGGAGCAGACGCUGCCCCUCAUCGCCAACCUGCUGAGCGCGGGCCUUAGCGGCCUCAGCAGCCUCGGCGGCGCACCCGGCGCCACCACCGGCACGGGCCUGCGCGGGGCCGGCCCCGGCGAAGCGCAAGGGGCGUCGCAGUCUGGGCCGGACCUGGGGUCGCUCUUCAAGACCGUUUUCCAGUUGGCGUGCCCGGUGCUGCCGAUCUCGCUGCCGCCCUUCCCCAUCCGCGCGGACGCGCUGUGCGAGAGCACCGGAAUGGGACAGCCAAACAACCAGAUGGCGUGCUCAAUCUUCGACAUGCUGGGCGGCAUGAUCUCCAACCCGCCCCUGAACUGCAACCCAGCGGCGAUCUCCAUGCCGGCGUCGGUCGAUGCAGCAGGCAAGCCCGUCCCCCAGCCUCUUGCCGACCGCCGCUCCAAGGGGCAGCUCCCCAAGAGCUUCUCCACCAAGAAGCUGCUGCAGGAGGAGGGCGGCACCUACGGCUGGCUCUACAAGCACGUGCAGCGCCUGCAGCUGUGGGGCCACUGCGGCGCCGUGGGCAAGGCCAGUGGCUGGGUGGCGCCGAAGGGAUGGGAGCUGCUUGACACGCCACGCAUCUCCAGCGACCUUAGGAGCUACGGCCUGAAAGUCACCGCGGUCCCGAUGGCUGCUGUUGUCAAGCAAGGCGCCCAUCUGCUGGUCCUCAUCCGCGGCACCGCCUCUUCGGCAGAGUGGAUGACGGAUUUCGACUACAACAUGCAGGAGGACGCCGCCUUUGGCCCCGGCCUACUCCACAAGGGCUUCCUGUCUUACGCCCACCAGCUUUGGGACGGCGGCCUCCAGAGCAUUUUGGAAUCCCAGCUUGCCGCAGGCACCAUCACCGACAUCACCUUCUCCGGCCACUCCUCGGGCGGCACGCUGGCCGGGCUGCUGGCUGCGCGCACGCAGGCUUACCUGCAGCAGGGCAACGCCACCAGCAAGGGAGCCGGCCGCAAGCAGCUGCCGAGCCAGGCGCCGCUUCUCACCGUGGUGGCAUUCGCCGCCUCAAACGUGGGCGAUGACACGUUUGCUGCCUACUUCAACUCCAAGAUCAAUGCCCGCAACAUCCAGUACGAGUAUGACAUCACCCCCCAGAUGCCCUGCGCCCCCAAGACCGUCGCCUGCCCCAACCUCAAGGUCCCCACCCCCAACCCCAACGGCUACUGGCCCUACGCGCGCCUCGGCGGCCUCGUGCAACUCACCAGCAGCGACAUGCCCGCCCAGCCGCGCGCCUGGCAGAAGAUGGCGGUCUACAGCCAGUCCGACAUGUGCCAGAGCCCCGAGAGCAUGGGCUGGAUCGCGCACGGCGUGCACUACUGCAGCUACUUCUGCGCGUUUAGCAAGUACCUGGGGGACGCCGACAACAUGUGCCUCCUGUGGCCGGCCGGCGCGGGCGAGGCGGACAAGGCGAGCUACUGCCUGCGCGGCUUCGGGGCCGACGCGUACCCCCACAUCAACCCCACCAUGUUCCCGAACCCAAACUGA